AUGGAGAAUAACAAUGUUGAUGAGCAAGAGAUGGAAAGUGAUGCUGAUGAGAUGAACAGUACUGUUGAUGAGCAUGAAGACCCUAUGAUUUCUUCUUUUCUUGAAAUUGUUGUUGGGCAAUCGGUCCAUACCGCUAGACAAUAUUUACAAGCAGCACACUGGGAUCGUGAAGACGCAAUUAGGCUGUUUUUUAGUCAUCAAGAAGGGAGUUAUCCAGAAGUUUUGUAUGAGAAUGAUAACAAUGGAGAAGCGAACAUUAGUGCCGAGAUGGAACACCCUGAUGUCCUUGCAGUAGAUAACUUUGAAGAUGAUGGUAAUGGUCUUUCUCUUGAAUUGAUGUAUCAUGGGCCUUUCCAUGAGGCAAAACAAGACAGGUGGUUGAUUGUAAAUGUGCAGUCAAAAGACGUAUACAACUCUUAUGCGCUAAAGAUGUAUACAUGGGCACAUAAAGCUGUCUUUGAGACUAUUAGCGCCAAUUUCAUCUUUUGGCAAGUUUAUGAUAAUACCAUUGAAGGUCAAAAGGUGUGUAACUAUUAUAAGUUGACAUCUUUUCCGGCAGUUCUUGUUUUGGACCCAAUCAUAGGUCAAAAAGUGAAAUCAUGGAGCGGAAUGAUUAAAGCUGUGCAGUUGUUGGAGGAUUUAGCACCUUACAUGGAUGCCGGUCCUAAACAUCAACACGUUCAAUUUUGUCGUAAGCGUCAAACCAAAACUUCUCAGCGAACUAUUGUUCCUCAGACUACCGAAGAAGAAAAUGAGGAGCUAUUCCAAGCAAUUCUAGCUUCAAUGGAGAACAUGACGGCUACCAUUGCUCCAGCUUGUAGUGACACUGACGAACAAGUAACUUCCUCAAGCAACAAGCUUACAUAUCCUGAUCUCCCUGAAGAGCCAAAGGUGGACAAAACACUUCUCUGCAGAAUUGGAGUUCGUCUACCUGAUGGGCGUAGACUUCAGUGGAAUUUCCUUCUGACAGAUCCAGUCCAGUUGUUAUGGUCACUCUGUAACUCCCAGCUUGAUGAAGCAGAGUCGCGGCCUUUUCAUUUGACUCGAGCCAUUCCAGGUGCAUCAAAGACUCUUGACUACGAAAGCAAGCAAAAAUUCGAGGAGUCUGGAUUAGCAAACUCAAUGAUCUCAGUUACUUGGGAUUGA